GAAUUUCUCUUUAUUAGUUUAGUGAUUUGUUAUUUUUGCAAGAUUCAUCAUUGAACUUUUCCAUGAGUAGCAGCAGAUCUAGGAUUUUAGUGAAUGAGCCAAUCAUAAUUACAAAAUGUGUUUUCAUGUCGAAUUAAAAGUAGUAUCGACUCAUUUGCAGAUGUUUGCUACUGACAAGAGAACUCAUUCGAUUGAUAAGAUCAUAUUUUUCUCAUAGAUUGGACUCAUAAUUUAGAUAAAAAUUCGGAAACGAUUCAUAUCAUUAGGCCUUUUUUCUCGAGUUAUCGCCAUUUUACUGAACGUUCAGUCUAUUGUAGAAUAUCACGAAAAAACUGCAACAAGGAAGUUUCGGUCGGAAAUUCUUGCUAUUUUAGAAGAGAAACAUCUGUUUGAAUUGAAAUUUUCAGCGUAUCAUAAAGAUUAUGAGAGAUAUUGGAUUAGAAGAAUUUCAGGUCAAAAACUUCACAUUGCGAUGUUUUCGUGAUAUUCUACAAUAGACUGAAAGUUCGGAAAAAUGUUGGUAACCCGAGAAAAAAGGCCUAAGGACACGAACUUUUUCAGAAUUUUUAUCUACACUAUGAGUUCUACCUAUGAGAAAAUUUGGAUCUUGAACGAAGACAAUCAAUCGGGUGGGUUUUCUCAUGAGAAAAAUCAAGGAUAGUUCGAAAAGAAGAGGGAAGUCGCUUCUUGUACUACUUCUAAAUAAGUCACUGCCUUUCUCUUUCAUACAUUAUGCUAUAUGACAAACGAUGGUCCUUAUAAUUAAUUAUAUUCAUUGAAAUUUCUAUAUCGAUUGCACAUUGUUAUACCUAGCGAUUUUAAAAAUGUCAUUUUCGAUGAUAAAAUAUCCAUAAAAAUUAAUUUUUUUCAAAGUUAUUGAUGAAAACAAAUAUUUUCAUAAAUUUAAUUCCAUGAUUUUGAUAGAAAAUCGAAUUCAUAACAUUAGCUUGAUUAAAAUGUCUGUUUGAAGUCAUCUCCUCGUCUGAAAAAUCGAAAUUGACAUAGUAGUCCGAGGUUUGAUCUUUCAUAAACGAUAUGAUUUUUCAUUUAACACAUCACUUUUUUUUUUUCAAAAUUUUUUUAUAAUUUCCGUCACCUUCUUCCUGUAAAAAUCUGGAAAUCUUUUUCUCUGUUUAUUUUUUUUCUAAUCGUGCCUAUCACCAUUCUUGAACAAACUUCAUUAUAGUCAUUUGUUUAUUUUUUGUUUGUUUGUUUGAAAGAACAUGUAAAAUUGCACUACUCGCUUUUUGAGCUAAAGUUUUUCUUCAUUAUAUUUAAAAAAUACUUCUAUAAAUAGGUAAUUAUGUUUUGAGAGUUAUUCGAGGUAUUUUAAUUUGUCAUUCUUUUCCUUCGCAUAAAAAGCAUGAAUUUAAAAUGAUGACAUUGCAGUCUGACCUGCUUCUUCAAAUAAAAAAUGUCGAUUCAAUAAAAUGAGGACGCACAGGAAAUUUUGGAUUACCAAAUGAGCUAUUAUUUUAACUUUCUUUGUUGAGUAUACCCCACAACAUCGUUUUAUAGAGAUGAAAAAUUUAUCAUAACCUUUUCACUACAGUCCAAACAUAUCGUAAAAAUUUCAUGUGAUUUGAAUGUAUUUGACUUAAGAGCGACUUUUGACAGAAGGACUUAAAUCAAUGAAAAUGAAAUAGAUCAAUUAAUAUGUCCGUUUUAACUUCUAUGAAUAGAUUCAAGUAUUGAAAGAAAUUAUUUAAACUCUUCUACAAUACAAAAUUUUCACAUAGCUUCAUCUCAACAAACAAAACAAACUUUACCAUAUUUAUACAAUGAAGAGAUUAUUGAUGAUUAUCAAAAGAAAAUAAACAAAAAAGAGAAAAAACGAUCAAAUAAUAUUAAUCAAUGGCAAAGAAAUUAUCAAAAAAACCAAAUUCAAGUCAAUGUGAAAGGCAUUGGAAAUCCAUUAAAAAUUAAUCAAAAUCAUGAAAAUUCACUAAAUCAAAUAGAAAAUUUUCUGACAAGUACUCCUUGUCGUCAUUAUGAACAUGUUAGUGAUCAUAAAAAUAAUCGACAACGAUUAGUCGCCAAUAAUUUCUCCUCUCAUCAAACAAAUAACAAAAUCAAACAUGAUGAAUCAAAUAGUAGAAUUCUUAAAGGAAAAAAACUUAGUGAUAUAAGCCGACAACAACAACAACAACAACUCACUGAAUCAACAUAUCAAUCAAUACCAGUUGGACUUGUCAUGGAACAAAAAAAUCGAACAAUCAAUCGAAAUAAUGAAUUUGAAUCUGAAUAUUCUUCUCGAAAUACUACUCCUCCUUUUCAUUCUCGUCCAACUCAAGUAAUUCGUAUAUCUAAUAUUCAUUAUCAAGCUGAACAAAAGCAACAAUUUAGUCCAAGACAAAACUCACCAACUGAAUAUAUGAAUUAUUUACUUGAAACUACUCGAAUUCAGCCAACCAAUAUCAAUGAUAUUCAACGAAAAAGUGAAAUUAAUAGAUUUAAUAACACAUCAAAAAUGAAUUCAAUAGAAUUUAACAAAACACAACAAAAUUCAAAUAGGCUUUUUGAAGCAAGAUCACCAACAUCUUGGUUAAUUCUAUCUGAUGACCAAAUUAAUCAACAACAAUGUGAUCUUUAUAAAUCAUCAUCAUCAUCAUCAUCAUUUUCACCUGGUCAUGAAUUAAUCGAUCAUCAAUUAACUCGUACUCAUCGAUUGAUUGUCACCGAUGAACAACGACCUCUUCAUGAAAGAUAUGUUAUGCCUAAUGAUAAAUCUCAACAUCCUUCAUUCAUUGAUCAUUCACUUGAAUCGCGUUCUUGUCAAGCAUAUCCAUUUACUAAUGCAUCUGAUUCUGGUAGUAUUAUAAAUGCUGUCGUCACAACCUUGUCGAAUGAACUAACUGAAUCCGACAAUAUGAUCGAUCAACAAAAUUCUUCAUUUUCUUCUUUGGAUCAUUUAUCUCCAAAUGAUGAAUUAUCUUUGCCAUUAGAAAACGUCACAAUGUCAAUGAAAAAAGAUGACAUAUUAAUAAAUUACGAUAGUGAUGAUGGUUGGAGUGAUGAUUCCGCUGAACUUAUUUAUGUUGAUGAUCGUUAUAUAACAGAAAACAAGAAGACUAAUGCUUCUUCUUCGUCUUCGCAUCUAAUUUCAAAACAAUAUUCUUCUCUUCAACCUCAACAAAACAAUGUGUUUCGUCAAUAG